AUGGCCACAAAGAGUCCAGGUUACAAUAACCUAUCGUGUACACGACGGCCACAAAGAGUCCAGGAUUCCCAUUUCCUUUUCUUGCCAACAGGUUCUCCAAUAUCAGGAUCAGGUAUUGUAUACAACAUAGAGGAGAUUGUAGGUGGUGUGAUGGGAAGUGUAGGUGGUGUGAUGGGAAGUGUAGGUGGUGUGAUGGGAAGUGUAGGUGGUGUGAUGGGAAGUGUAGGUGGUGUGAUGGGAAGUGUAGGUGGUGUGAUGGGAAGUGUAGGUGGUGUGAUGGAAGUGUGGGUGUAUGGGUUGUUGGUGUACUGGGUGUAUGGGGAGGUGUGUGGGUGGUGUUGUGGGAAGGGAAGUGUAGGUGGUGUGAUGGGAAGUGUAGGUGGUGUGUGUGAUGGAGUGUUAAGGGUGGGUGGAUGUGGUGUGAUGGGAAGUGUAGGUGGUGUGAUGGGAAGUGUAGGUGGUGUGAUGGGAAGUGUAGGUGGUGUGAUGGGAAGUGUAGGUGGUGUGAUGGGAAGUGUAGGUGGUGUGAUGGGAAGUGUAAGGUGUGUGAUGGGAAGUGUAGGUAGUGUGAUGGGAAGUGUAGGUGGUGUGAUGGAAGUGUAG